AUGAAUGCGACUAAAGAAUUGACCUUUAAUUUAUUGAAUAAAUUUCAAGAUAAGGAGAGGUUCGGAUCUGCGCAAAGGCAUGCUGGAAUCUCAUUGAAAGGGUUUAUAUCUGGUAUACUGUUUUCUUUUUUGUACUUUUUGUUUCAGUUAUCACUCUUUAUUGUUUUAAGAUCAAGAUUCAAGACUAUAUACCAAGCCAACGUUGUCCUGAAGAUUUUUCCAGGCUUCAAAGUUUGCUUUGCCAGAAAACAAGGAAAAAAGCAUUGGUCACUAUUUACAUUUCUUAAACAACUUCCAAGAAAAGUGUUAAAUCCAAUCGAAAACUUCGGCCAAAAUGAAAGAUAUGGGUUGGAUAACUAUUUAUUUCUGCGAUUUCUCAAGCUCCUAAUAUUCUUUUUUGCAGUCUUAUCUAUUAUCAACAUUCCAAUAUUGGUUCCAAUUCAUUAUUUUUCCAAAAACAUUCUGAAAGAUAGUGAAGAUGAAGGUUAUGGGAAAACUUUUAGGACAACAAGUAAACUCGACAAGUGGACCAUGUCAAAUUUAUCACAAAAUUCUUCGAAUAGGCUAGUUUGCCAUCUGUUUUUGAGUAUCUUUGUUGUACUCUGGUUUCACGUUAUUCUUUCUUCGGAGCUAAGAUUUGUCAAUCAAUUGGGGUACUCUGUUUUAACGAAAAGUAAAUAUCAGAAUAUCUUAUAUUUGGAAGGACUAUCAAAUAAAUCGAUUGCCCAAAAUAUCUUCCUAGAGGGAUUCUUUAAAGGGUUACAUCCUGAUUGUUUAGAUAUGGUAUACUUUAUUCCAAAAAACUUGAGAAAAGUUCACAAUUUAGAACUAAAACUAAAUAAAUUACAAAAGUCAAAAGAACAGAUUAUUUUCGAGAUCGUAUUAGAAAAAUACUUUAAAAGAGUUUCAAUACACAAACACUUGAUAGCAAAUCAUAAGAAAUUUUUCCUUUCGAAACUGAAAAACCAUCUAUUAUUUCAAUAUAAAAGGCUGUUGUUUUUAUUUCAAUCUCGUAUUCCAUAUUAUUAUUCGAAAAUUGGUCUACAUUGGGAAAAAUCAAACACAUUGCCAUUAUAUUACCCUAAACCGAGCCUGAACACAGAAACUAUAUUGGAAAGAAAAUAUAGGAUCCUUGAUAAAAGAAUACGGAAGGAAAAGCUAAUCAAAUUUCAAAUAAACUCUUUGAAAACAGCUCCAGAAACCAAACCAUCACAUCCUGCUGAUAAAUCGCCAAUGACAAAUCUUUACACGGAUAAAAUAUUCAUUAGCUUCAAAUCAACGAUAUUAUCAAACAUCAUAGGUGAGCUACUUUCAUAUAGGCUACCAACCCAAAAUUUAAAAGUAAUAAUAGGGCCCAACAUUGAGGAUAUAAUUUGGGGAAAUAUCCUCGAGUCAUCUCCCUUUUGCAAAAGCGCUAAAUAUCUUUUGGCAAAUAUUCUGCGAGUUUUUGUGAUUAUUGGGUGGAUUUUACCUGUUGCGUUUCUCGGUUUGAUAUCACAAAUACCAAACAUUUCCUCACUGAUUCCAUUUACAAAAAUCAUUUAUUUUCAAUCCCCAUUCAUAAGAGAAGUUGCGAAGAAUUUGAUUCCGAUAGUAACUUUGAUAAUAAUAAUAGAAAUUGUACCGUACUUUUUUCGUUGGUUGAGUUAUCUUCGGGGAUUGAAAACGGGAGCACAGAUAGAAGCUGAUGUACAGCAUUGGUAUUUUGUCUUUGUGUUUAUUCACCUGUUUCUAGUGGUUACAAUAUCAUCAGGAUUUUCUAUAAUUAUUGAAAGACUUCUUAACAAUCCUGUCAGUAUACCCGCACUUUUGGCUAAUGAUUUACCCAAAUGCUCCAACUUUUUCUGUUCUUUUAUUUUGAUUAGAGGAAUGGCUUAUGCAGGUGGCAACUUAUUAAGAAUAAAGGAACUCCUCCUUGAGCUGCUUUAUUAUAGAUGGAAAAAAAAUAGUCCACAUGCUCAAUUUAAGAGGUUAAAAACAUCUUUAUUUUUCCAGCUAGGAUCUAUUUACCCUAUUUUUUCAGUCCUGGGUUGUAUCGGCAUCAUAUAUAGCGUUGUUGCUCCUAUUAUAUUAUUACUAAGUUGCGUUUCGUUUUUGAUGGUAUUCUUUUCCUUUAGCUAUCUGUUCGAGUACCAAUAUAACAGAGAGAAUUACUCUGAAACGUUCGGUAAAUUAUACAUACAGGCUCUAAUGCAAUUAUACGCGGGUAUUUAUUUCAUGGAGUUUUGUUUAAUGGGUCUCUUUACACUUUUCGAUCAAUACACAUUGUCAACUAUAAUGCUAGUUGUCUUUAUUUUGACAGUAAUAACGCACUCUAAAAUUUCCAGGCAAAUAAGAUCGAAGCCUCAACGCAUGCCAACUUUAGAAUAUUUGUCGAGUUUGACACAGGAAACAAAGAGCCAAUUCUGUCAAGAGAGCUAUAGUUUUGAUGAUCUUUUCUCAGUUCAUAAGGAUAUGGAUAAAAUCUGGCUGCCGAGGGACAAACUAGGAAUUUCUGAGGAAGAGCAAUCUUUUUUGGAAAAGUCUUAUCACCUAAAUUUCGAUCUGAAUAUGUAUUCCAUGAAUUUAUUCACUGAUAGUCACUUGGAGAAUAACUACUUGCCUUAA